AAAAAAACCCCAUGACGUCGUGACUUUUUCGUACCCAAGCCUGCCACGUAAGCGCCCAUACCAUCAUCACAACGCCUCUCGUAUAUCGAAACUACAAUUAUAGAAAAUUCUCCAGAGUUAAAAUCCAUUGCCGUUAACCCGAACCGUCAAGUGAGGCUGAGCUGCGUUGUCGCCCCAACAGCCAAGCCCCUAAAGUUCAGGUUUAUCUGCUGUAACACUGCAUGGAACCCUUGUCUCCUUUCACUGCAACAUUGAGGCCUCACCAUGAAAGUCACGACGGCUGUGAGCUAUGCGAUUUUACUUACGGGCGUUUCGGGGAAGGAUGAGGUUGCGAGAGUUUGCGGGAAUGAGCGGUUAGGUGAACUAAAUGACUCACUCUCAUAUUACCCAAACGCAUGGAACAAAAAGAGUCCUAAAAAUGGCUUCGUAUGCCUCAAAGUCGACAACAGCACACCCGCAUUCUCCGCAACGUGGAACUGGCCCGCAGACAUCCAGGACGUACACUCCUUUCCCUACGUGCGCUUCAACAACCCCUCGCUCCCCGUGCGUCUCAGCGAUUUAGAGUCAAUCCGCCUAUCAACAGACUGGAUCUACACACCCGGCAGUCCGUCAAAAAUACCAGAUGAUUUUAGUAAUGAAGUCUGGGCGAAGAACAAAGCAGAGUUGGAGAGGGACGGCGUGCAGGCGAAUGCGGCGUGGGAUUUCUUCCUAGAUGAUGAUAGGAAUAGAACGCUGUAUCCGCAGGUUGCUAAGAUUGAGUUUAUGGUUUGGUUGGGAAGGGUGGGAGAUCCGUGGUGGCUUGGACGGCAGAAUGAUAGUAUCUUGUCAACUGUUACGUUGGGAGAGACAGAGUUCUCGUUGUUUUAUGGCCGAAACUCAGGAGGAACACACGUCUUCACAGCCGUGACAAAAGACAACAGCGACGUCCUAUCCUUCGAUGAGGAUUUCUACCCUUUAUUCCAGUACAUCCUCAAACAAGCACACAAACAAAUCGACGCAGAUGACCUACCGAAAGAUCCGUGGCUUGGUAUCAUUGAAUUUGGAACAGAGACGUGGAUGUCAAGAGGGAACGCUACAUUCACAGCUGCGAAUUUUGGGAUGAGUUUGAAGGGGAAUUUUACGAGUGAGAGGAACUCUACCAAGGGAGGUGAUGAUAAGGACAAGGGUGACAAAGGUAAAGGGGAUGAGAAGGGUGGUGAUAAAGACAGUGGUGAAAAAGGCAGUGGGGAUAACUCAACGGAUUCGAAGGGUGACGAGGAGGAUGAUGCGGUGAGGUUGAUGAGUCAAUCGGUGAUGGGAUAUGUCAUUGCAGCGGCGUUGAUUAUUAGUGCGGUCCUUUCUUAGGGUAUUCAUGGCAAGCGUGCAUCAGCAUCUAUAGAGCACUAUUCUGUAUCAUUAGUAGGAAUUCAAGACUUCCUUUCAAGGAGGCAUCUUUUUUACAAAAGGAUCAGCUUGUAAAUUGGAGUAUAUAAUAGAAACUUAACAUAAUAGACACAAAUCAACGAGACAGU